UCGUCAAAAUGCGAUAAUGGAAUGGAGAAGUCUCGCCUGAUAAUUGUGUUAAUUUUGCACAUUUACAACUCAACAGUUAUGGAUUAGCAACUGAAAUAUGGGUGCAAACAUUUCCCAAUUGGAACGAGAUAUUGGUUCAGAACAGUUUCCGUGCAACGAGCACUAUUUUGGUUUGGUCAAUUUUGGUAAUACCUGCUAUAGUAAUUCAGUACUUCAAGCACUUUAUUUUUGCAAACCCUUCAGAGAGAAAGUGCUGGAGUACAAAGCGAAGAAUAAAAGGACUAAAGAAACGCUGCUCACAUGCCUCGCAGACCUAUUCCACAGUAUAGCGACUCAAAAAAAGAAAGUAGGUUCUAUCGCACCAAAAAAGUUUAUAGCAAGGCUACGAAAAGAAAAGGAGGAAUUUGAUAAUUACAUGCAACAGGAUGCUCACGAGUUCCUGAAUUUUCUCAUCAACCAUAUUAGUGAAAUUAUAUUAGCUGAAAGACAACAGAAUUCGACGACGAAUAAUGUGAAAUCAAAAGCUGCAGGUGAAAAUGGAACCGCCCACACUACUCCUGAGCCUACUUGGGUGCACGAAAUUUUUCAGGUUAGUGUUACUAGAUUCACAGAAUCGGGAAGAAUCAGCUGCAAUUUGUCUGAUGACGCCGUGAAUCCGGACAGGCUCUACGACCUCGUAGCAGUUGUGAUACAUUGCGGCAGCGGCCCCAACAGAGGGCAUUACAUCAGCAUAGUGAAAAGUCACGGAUUCUGGCUUCUCUUCGACGAUGACCAAGUUGACAAAAUAGACGCAUCGACCAUCGAAGACUUCUACGGACUGACGGCUGAUACGCAGAAAUCUUCCGAAACGGGCUACAUCCUGUUCUACCAGAGCCGCGAGAGUUUAUGAGCUCUCCUGAAAGUUGCCUUACCACGGCGGCAGGCGAGACAGUCGUCGUUGUGGACCGUCCCCCGCCCAGCCCGGGAGAGGCGGUGAAAACGAAAUAACCGACGAGCGGAUUGUAAAUAUUCGAGAGGCAGAGAUCAUCGGGAAGUUAUUUAUUUUUUCUAUCGUAUUUUUGUAUUUAUUUUUUCCAAAGUCGUUUCGUUGGUCGUCGGCGAGAAUUGCUUGUUUCUGGGAGGUGAUGCGGAUGGCGCCAUCUGCCGCAUUUCCUCAUAACUGGUUUUUGGUGGCAGGUUCUGGAUUUUUUUUUGAGAAGUUGCGAUUACCAUUUUUUGACUUUUGGCAACGAAAGAAUGUCAUAAUAACUAGUAAAAACGAAACCAAAUAAAUCUUGGUUGAAAUUUAAAAUAAGAAUUAGAUUUUUAAGGUGUACGUCGUCCUAUUGGACUUUACUAGAGGAACCUCAGUCUAUUUCCAUGAAUAUUUCUUCAGGUUUUCAAUCGUCUCUGAGCAAUUUUCUAUAACGAAUAGUAUGAAUGAUGUUCAAUGUUGUAAGGUAAACAAUUUGAAAACUGAGUUUUCUUCAAACAAACUAUUCAUAGAGGUAUUUAAAAAAAAAGUCAUGAGGUUAUUUUUUUCAACUAUCCAUUUUUCAACAUUUUUGAGUCUCUACAUCAAGUUCAUGAAAUCGAAAAUUAUUUAUGCAACUGGCAACACUUCUGAGUACUUUUGUUAUCCUAAUUAUCGAGUGGGUAUCAAACAAUUCGUCUUGUGAAAUUGAAAAUAUACAUUAUGCAAUCCCCAAUUAUAAAAUAUUAUCACUCGAAGAAGCAGUUUUGCUGUGU